UGUAGUGUUUAAGAGCACCGCUUUUACGUAAGCUUUGAGGUUAUUUAAAGAUUAAAAAACAAGUAUAUAAACCUAAAUUAGAUAUAUGUGAAUUUUUGAAAUUGUGAACAUUUUUAACAGUAAACACACUUUUGCAUUAAGUGGCACACGAGAGCAGGGGUAGUACACCUUUUGGAGUAAAUCCGACGGCACAUGAAUACAGCGGCGUUCCUGUGAGCAGAGGCUGUUUUCUCCUAUCAUCGCCAUUGUGUGGCAGAGUCUCCGGGAGCGAGGAGCAAUUGUUUUUCUGUGGCCGACGGAAUUGUUUAAAUACCCCCCAUGUUUCUCCGUAGACCUCCGACGUACCUGGAUGCGAUAUAUGUUCGGUAAAGGCGCGAAGCGAAAACUGGACGAGGAUGAAGAGGGGCUGGAAGGCAAAACGCUGGAGGCGCCGGUGGCGGGAGGGGGGCUAGGCGGCCCCCCGGAGGGCCUCUCCAAGGUGUCGUACACCCUGCAGAGGCAGACCAUCUUCAACAUCUCUCUGAUGAAGCUGUACAGCCAGCGGCCGCCGCACGGCGAGCCCAGCCUGGAGCGCCGGGUGCUCAUCAACAACAUGCUCCGCCGCAUCCAGGACGAGCUCAAGCAGGAGGGCUCGCUGCGCCCGCUGCUGCUGCCGCCCUCGCCGCCGCCCGACGACCCCAUGGACGAGGGCUACCGCGAGGCGCCGCCCUCCUUCGGCGUGCUGUCCGGCGCGCCGGUGUCCCCGCCGCUGCUCGUGCCCGCCGUGGCCCCGCCGCCCUCGCCCCACCCGAUGGCGCCCGCCGGCUGCCAGGCGUCCCAGACCUGCCCGCACCGCGUGGAGGUCUGCCCCGCCCCUCUGGAGGCCUGCCUCACCCCGGCCUCCCUCCUGGAGGAGGACGGGGGAGAUCCCGCCUUUUGCGCCGCCUCUCCCCCCACCCCCCCGCUGUCGCCGCCCCCGGCGCACCCCCCCUCCGCAGCACUUCUGAGCCCGCCGCCCCUCGGAGUCCCCGCCGCCGUCUCCUCGAACGAAAGUUUCCGCUCCCACCCGAGUGACUUGGAAUUGGGUUCUUCCACAGCCAUAACAAGGACAGCAGCAGCUAAUACUACGACCACGACUACCUCCCCUGCUCCCGCACCGACCCCCCACCCCCCCCCCCCCCCGGCCCCCUCCCCGACGCCGCCCGGCUCCACCAGGGACUGCAGGACGGCGGGCGCCAAGCCAGAGGCAGCUGCCAUUUUCCUGGUGGAGAGCCGCUCCGCCGAGCUCCGGCAAAUGGAGACUCUGCCCACCGUUGCCCCCGGUGGCCCCGCGGACAGCCCCCCCUCCCUCCUGUCCCCCCCUUCCUCCUCCUCCCCGUCCGGGUUCCUCUCAGAUCUGGCGCUGGACGACGUCCUGUUCGCCGACAUCGACACGUCCAUGUAUGACUUUGACCCCUGCACGACGGCGGGCGCCGUGGGUGCGGCGGCCGGAGGCGGCCUCACCAAACUGUCGCCGGUGGUGACCGCGGACGACCUCCUCAAGUCGCUGGCCUCGCCGUACAGCGGCCCCGCCCCCCAGGUCUCAGCCAAUCAGCCUUUCAAAAUCGACCUGACGGAGCUGGACCACAUCAUGGAGGUCCUGGUGGGCUCGUGA